AGGAACAACAGGGGCACACGUUUCAGCACACCAUUGUUGAAACAGGGAUUUUCACGUUUCCAUGACUGGGCGCACCCCCCCAGUGCCAUGACACAGAGCUCUAACAACAGCAGUGAGGUGGGGAAGGGGCACACAUGGGGCAACCAGGGGGCAGAAGCUUUGGAGUGAUGCUUUAUGAGGGCAUUUUUUGGAACCAUUUGGGGGUAAAACAUGCUUUUACUUUGUAAAAAAGCAGCCAGGCAUGCUCAGAGUGGAAACACAGGGAAAGAACGCGCACACACACACAUACACACACACAACUGUACUGUCAAUAAGGCUGGGUUUCCAUAGCAACGUGGCCCCUCCCUCCCCACUUGCAGGGGAGGUGUUUUGAAAAGUUCACAGCGUGUUUUCAGCGUGAAAAAAAGAGGAGUGGAGAGCGAAUAACAAUCCACGACGUUCCACGCCCUCCUUCAGUCCUGCAGCCGCUCCACCAGCUGACAGCCAUGGAGGACGACGCGUCCCACGCCGAGUCCGGCAGCUCCACGGGCAGCACCCACGCCCUCACCCCCCAGCAGCAGCAGCAGCAGCCAGCACCUGAAAACCAGGAGAUCAUCACCCCGAGCCUCAGCCCGUCCUCUGCCCCGUCCUCCCCCUCCGCCACCAGCACCCUGUCCCGCCUGGGCCUGAAGAGCCCCACCAGCCCGCCCGCGGGCGCCGCACCUGGCGGCCAGGUGAGCGCCAUCACCGUGGUGGCGCUGCUCGACAAGCUGAAGACCAUGCUGGAGGCGGUGCAGGACAACCAGCAGCGCAUGGAGCAGCGGCAGGCCGACCUGGAGAACGCCGUGCGCGUGGUGCAGGGCGACGUGACGCGCCUCUCCAAGGUGCACGUCGCCACCUCCGGCAGCGUCGGCAAGCUGCUGGAGCGCUCCCGCAAGGUCAGCGGGGGGCUGAAGGAGGUCAAGGAUCGCCUGGACAGACAGGCCGUCCAGGUGAAGAAGCUGGAGGCCAACCACAGCCACCUGCUGAAGAGGAACCACUUCAAAGUCAUCAUCUCCCAGGACGAAAAUGAGAUCCCAACCACUGUGAUGGUCAAGGACUCCCUUAAGACUCCGCUGCCAAGCCUGUACGAUGCAGAGUCCAUCCACCCUACUCCAUCUGUAGCAGGCUCUGUGGACCCCCUUCGCACCCAUGACGAGGCUCUGCAGACCAUUAGCCUGUCCUCAGAUGAAGAUCUCUCAGUUAUUCAUCGAGAGGAUGACGAGAUGCUGGAGGACGAGGCUGCCGGGAUCGCUCCCAUCCAGUUUGAAAGAAGGGCCGACAGGUUCAAGCGCAACAGUCUGAAGAAGGUCGACAGCCUCAAGAAAGCCUUCACCCGUCAGAGCAUUGAGAAGAAGAUGGCCCAGAUCACCACCAAGAUUGUACCACCAGAGAAGCGGGAGAAACUCAAGAAGAGCUUAACGCCUAACCAUCCUAAGAGCCCAACCUCGAAGAGCUCGUCCUUUAAGGUGUCUCCCAUGACCUUCACAGUCAAGAAAGUCCGAGCCGGGGAGGUCCCCACACCAGAAAAUGCCUCACCCGAGAAAGAUGCCCACGUCGAAAUUCCUGUUCUCGGAGGCCUAGAUGGUGAGAGUUCCAUGGCAGAGGUGCACACCCUGAAGGAUGCUGCGGAGAAGAUUCAGGAGACGCUCAGUCCUACCGCAAAACAGAGUGCGAAGGUUGAUGUGUCAAUCAAUGGAAAAGCAUCGAGCGUCGAGCUGAACGGCGAGCAUCUGGCUGGCUUGGCAGUUCCUGAGCAAAUGGAAGAUGGUGAAGAUGAAGAGGAGGAAGAGAAGGAUGAGGAGAAACAGGAAAGUGCAGAUGAGACUACUCCGAACAAGACAACUGAGAAUGAGACAACCGCCAAUGAGACAGCCGUCGACAAGACAACCGUGGAUGCCCCAGUUGCCAAGGGAGCAGUUGCCGUGGAGCAAGUGUCUUAACUUUAAUUCACAUAAAACACCAGCUCCACUGGUUCUGUAAUUACUAAAUGCCCAGUAGGUCUUAAUUGUCCACACUGACACUCUUGAGAGCUUUUUCUUAGCUUGAAAUGGAAACAUACCCCUGACUUUCUCUGAUAUUCAAUUCCUGAACUUUUUCCACCACGUUUUCUUCAACUAUCAACAAAAACCUCGUUAUGAUUGUACCAGCACCUAGACUCCACACCUCUUCAAGAAAACAAAAACAAAAAAAAGUAGAUCCGAUGCAACUCCCUAAAUGUUUUUGUUAGAUCCCCAAAGAAGAAUACCCACAGUUCAGCUGGUCGGUGCACAUCUCCGAGGCAACCAUGUGGACCAGCCAUCCUGUUCCUGCUGUGUGUGUCUGCAACUGCUCCAGUAUCUGUCCUUCAUUGACAUGCAACCUUUUUGUUCUUCUUCUUUUAGUGAAAAACUGUAAAUCUCUGGCAACAGGAAUGCAACCGAUAACCUGCUUCAGCAAUGGGUUGCCAGGUUGUCCAAGAGUUGGAAUGAGUGUGUUUUGUUUUAUUUCUGUGAGCAGGCAUGGGGUGCUUUUUUCUUUAUAGUUGAUUGGCUUUUCUUACAUUUCUUUUUUUUUUUCUAAUUACAUAGUGUUGUUAAGGGUAUAGGCUUGCUUUUUUGUCUUCCCCAGUGAUACCAUUUAUUCAGUUUACCGCAAUUUGAUACAGUUGCUUUUCAACAGAAAAACGACUGUGUUCAACGUCUGGGAAAAAAAGACUUGUUGUUGACAAACACUAUUCAAUCAAGAAUGCAGAUGAAAUAAAUCAAAUUACAAAUAUAGAACAAAGUUUAAUUAUGAUUUAAAAUCUUGUCACCUUUUCAACCAUAUUUGUCCUUUGACGAAUUUCCUUUAAUGUUUGGGUUCAAGAUUAUUCUGCUACUCACUUAGGAUCUAUAUACCUUAAAUAUAGUAACAUGGAUCAGAUAUUAAAGAUUAUGUGUGAAUUGUUUCACCAUUUGAGUUUCUUUAUAGCAGGGAAAAUCUUGCAAGUUGAAAUGUUCACUCCGUUUUAGAUUUUUAGGAUUUAACUGAUUUAAAAGUACAUUUUUACCAAGUAUAAAGAUUAUUAAAGCUCCCCUUUUGCUUUUUGUGCAUGCUUAAGCCAAGCUGUGCUCGUACACUUCUAUUAGCUGAGUGAUUGCACACCUGAAGGGAUGGAUUCCUAUGUCUUUGAUGAUAAGAGUAAAAAAAAUCAUAUCUGAUUUAGUUUGUCCUUUGAGGAAUUCUUUCCAUCCAAUACAGUUUUAACAAAAUAUAUUGGAAAUUACUUUUUUUCUCUGUUGCUCCAUUGUCAAAACUUUAUUAUUCUCAAUUUCAGCAACAACAACAAAAAUGCCUUGAAUAAAAAUGGCAUUUUAAGUAUUUUUUUUUAAAUAUCUUUGAAUAUAUUGUGAAAUUAAAUAAAAAAAAUAUUUGAUUUGCAGAUCAGAAGCAAUGUACCCGGUUCAUACAGUAAGACACAAGUGCUCUGUUCAUUUUUUUUCUCACAAUCUCUCUCAUUGUGAAAAGCCACCGGUAUAUUUCUCAACUCCCUGCAAGCUACAGGGGAAAAAGGAAAAAAUUGUAGUUAGAAUUGAAGGAAAGGAUGCUAAUGUUAGCUUUUGUUAAGGCAUGCACAUUUUAAAUGUGAGGUGUUGCAGUCGGGAGAGCCUUAUCAUGCAUCUCUCAGUAGGAACGGAGACAUUUUUAAGAUUUAUGCAUUCCAUUAGCUAAAGAACACUGUUGAAAAAUGAUUUCAGCUUCUGAAUCAUCCAUUUGUGUCUGUUUUAAGUGUGGUUUUAAAGUUGCUGUUUUUUUCAGCUCCUUAUGCAAUAGAAAUAGAAAUUUAUACAUUUUUGAACAUUAAAAAUAUAGCUUUUAAACUGAUUUGCCACACAAAACACACCAUUAAUAGGGCAGAUCGUGUACACACAUUUGUUUAAUUUUUCAUUGACAAUACAAUUCGAUAGGUUUACAGCUUAUUGCAUUGGGUGUUUUGCACAUUAAUUCAAUAACGAUGCUUAGGAUGUACUUUAUUUAUGUCAAUACAUUCUGGUUAAAUCUUUCUUGGGGAGGUGUACAGACAUUUUGCCUGUCUAGGCUGUUUUUUUUUAAAUAAAAUAUAGCGAAUGGGAACUAGAUCAUUUUACUACAUGUAUUUUUUUCUACAUCAAUGGUUUACAACAUUAACAAAAAUAAGUAAAAAUGCAAGAAUUGAUAAAGUAGUUUAAUAAUAAAAAAACAUUGUUUUUAAUAAAGUAUUUGAGCUUUGACCACUUUAAAACCAUAAAGACUGUUUUGAUUUUUAAUUUUUUUUGUGUUUAAAUAUAUUCAAGCUGAUAAUUAACUACAAAGGGAAAAAUACAUGCAUAAAGAUACUGUUAAUCAUGCUCUCUGACCUGUAAUUCAGCAACUUCUCACUAUUGGGAUUGAGCACUGGGCUUUAUUCUAUAAUUCAUUGUAUAAUUUAGUAUAUUUGUCUUCUAUAAAAUGUUCUAAAAUUUGCUUUAGUUCUGUCUGCACAUGUUUAACAUCCUUAAAACAUUGUUUUUUUUUUCAAAGUUUGUUUUUAAUUCCUUUAUGAUUAUAAUUUCCCUAUCAACGUGUAACUUCUGCCUUAUCGGAAGGGAAUAUUAUUUUAGAACCAUCCUUAUUUUUACCUUUUCCUGUUAAUUUAGACCCCGUCCCCCACCUGUAAACCAAAGACCCGUUCCUAUCAGCAGAAGAUUCCCUGCCACUUGAGUGAAUAUCUUCUAGUUCACGAAACACAAUUUCACCCUGUGAGCAUUUCUUUAUCUGACUUGUAGUUUUACUUCUAUGAAUAAAGCUUUUAUAAGACUAAA